GCUGUGAUGCGUGGUCACCAAGUCAAAAAUUACAACAUCAUGUCGACUUUACGAAGAAGACAACAUACUCACGAAAGAAAUGGAGGGGUCAAUUUCUUUGACAAGAAAGACGAAAUGGGAAGAGCGCGUGUUGAAGAGGUUCGCCGAAGAGCGGAGCAACUAAGAACGGAGUUAAUGGAACAAAUUGACGGUCAGCUUAAUGACCUUAUCGACGACGUGUUACACGAUGUGGACUCUCUGGAGCCUAGGAGGGAUCAUAUCUACUCUGGAGACAAGGUAAAUGGAAAUAAAGUAUUCGUUCCACGACAAUCAGUACUGACAGAACUCCUAGAAGUCAAUCACAUCAAGACAAUCUAUAACAUCUUUGUAGCCUUACUGAUAGUGUUCAUUAUAAAUACUGUAGUCUAUGACUACAUUGAUUCAGGAAGCCUUUCACUUGAACUCUCAAUACUAAAAUGGGCAUUUGGUAAACCUUCCACCGUCGUCAGCAUAUGGCUUGUAAUGAAGGCAAUGGCUUUGUUUGCCUUUCCAAUUUUCUCUGCUUGGCAUGCAAACAGACAUUCAUGGCUGCCCCUUCCAGAUCUAUGCUGGCUACUUUUGUACAUUACCUACUUGACUGUUUUCGCAAUAUUCCCAGUCCAGGAAGUUAUCCAGCACAACUUGCCACCUGCGUCUUCUAUCAUCAUACUUGCAGAACAGAUUCGCUUUAUGCUCAAAGUUCAUGCAUUUGUAAGAGAAAGUGCACCCAAGGUCCUUUCAUAUGAAAGAACACAAGACGACUCAGAUCCGCCAGCAGAAGCAGAUCAAGCUGAUGAGGGCAGAGACAAUGCUACAAACCGAGACAAAACAGUGAAAGAGAAUCAACCUUUGCCAGAGUUUGGACAAUACUUGUACUUUCUUUUCUGCCCUACUCUUAUCUACAGAGACCAGUACCCAAUGACUCCUUAUAUCAGAUGGAAUUAUGUGGUAUCCAAUUCCCUCCAGACCUUGGCCUGCAUCUUCUACACUUACUAUGUGUUUGCUCGCUUCUGUGUACCUGUGUUUAGAAGUAUUGGAAAGGGACAAUGGAGUUUCAAGCAUUUCACCCUUUCAGUCUUCAGUUGCAUGCUGCCAGGCACAAUGGUCCUUGUCCUUGGUUUCUUCGCCAUCCUUCAUUCCUGGUUGAAUGCCUUUGCAGAAAUGACCAGAUUUGCGGACAGGAUGUUCUACAAGGACUGGUGGAAUUCUAAUUCAUAUGCAGAUUAUUAUCGCUCUUGGAACGUUGUGGUACAUGACUGGCUGUAUGCGUACAUAUACAAGGACAUGGUUAAGAUUAUCAAGAACCGUCAAGUUGCGACUGUGUCCGUGUUUUGCUUGUCCGCCAUUGUUCAUGAAUAUGUUCUGAUGUUCGCCUUUCGCUUCUUCUACCCAAUGCUGCUCUUCCUGUUUGGUGUUUUUGGUUUGUCGUUUGUGUUUUUGAAACCAAAGAAACACGGGAAUGUGUCACAGGUGUGGAACGUGUUCAUGUGGAUCACGCUCAUCGUAGGCAAUGGACUUCUGAUGUGUCUGUACAGUCAGGAGUGGUUCGCCACACAAAUCUGUCCAAGGGACAGCAACUCCUUACUGGAUCAACUGUCCCCUCGGUCUUGGAACGUGGAGUGCGUACAAGUUCGUGUGAACUCUGGCUGAAUCAGAAACACUGUUCUUACGUAGAGGGACAAAUAUCGGAUCACAAAAAAUGAGUACAGCAGCGAAAAGAAUCUCUUUUGUGCUGCCCCCAAUACCCUAAUAAUCUCAGUUGUAAAGGGAUAAGAUUUUAAUUGGAAAGGAAGCCUCGUGAAUAUUUCAUCUAAUUUCAAGUUGCUGUGAUUUAGUUCGAUCGGAUAGUUAUGGCUGGGGAGGGAGAGCUGAUUUUAAACCAUAUGUCGAACACUCGUUUUGCGCCGUACAAUGAGUGGGCAAAAUACAACAUGAACGGGAAAAGAGGGGAACGUAACAUUCUUCCACGCGUCUAAAUAAAACGAUGUACGUCA